AUGGAUGAUGCUUCUCGCUCCGUCAAAGCCUCCAACUUCUUGCCUUUCGACUUCCUGGCAGCGCUUGGCAGCGAUGGCGCAAAGUUCCUUGCUUUGAAGGUGAGUCCGGAGUUCGAUUGGGCGGAAGCGUUGCAAGGAUCCAAGCUUCACAUUGGCGAAGACGGCCAGGUGUCCCUGGAGGCCCCGAAGUGCGAAGACGAGUUGGGCAUCCGCCUGGCUGGGAGCGACUGGAGUCAGCUUCUAUGCCUUGCUCCCCCGAAGCAGGGCUUGGCGAAACUGAAGAUCUGCGGCCGCGUGGAUGCUGUCCUCCAGCUGGGCCGCAGCAGCAAGAUUCUGUCUGCCGCGGAUUCCGCGGCACAGAUGACGCAGGAGGAACUGCACCGGCAGCAAGAAUACGGCAGAAAGGCAAAGAAAGGACAACGCAAAGCCGAGGCAAAGCGUCGCGCAGAGACUCGCAGUCGUUGCAAGCUGCCCACCUUGAGCGAUGCGCUCUGCGGAGUGGCCUGGGACUUGGGGCACCAGCUGGCGCCUCUUUUGAAAGAGGAUGCGUGGGAUGGCGCGGGCCAAGCUCCAGAAUUAGCCAGGCGACAGUCUGCAAGGAGCAGCAGCAUUCCCCAUGAGAUGCUCGGGUUGAAGCUGAAAAUCAAGGUCGUUGAGCUGGAGCCCGGCCAGAGCUUGAAAGUUGCCUUCUGGAGCAUGGGCAACUUUAACCUGGACGGCCUGGAGUCGGUGACCUUUACGAGCUACCAACUCGAGCGCCCAGGCUCCAAAGGCAAACCGAAACUCCAACUGACCGGAAGGGCCUCGGAUUCGACCGGCCUGCAUGUCCUCGGCCAUCCUGCCAAAGCGUUCCCGCCUUUCGACUACGACACCCUGAUCGGCGUGCACCUUCCGGGCUCGAGAGAGCUUCAGCUUUGCCCUUGCACCAUCUUCAACAUUGAGGUGGACCGCCAGGGCAAAGGCUAUUCGGACCCACAAGACCCAGUGAAUGCCAACAGGGAGAAGGAGGCGGCUCAGGCAGAGGAAGCAGCCCCCAUCACGGCCAAGCAAUAUCGGGACAAGCGCAAGGCGGCCAUUGAAAGCUUCGGCACUGCAAAGAAGAUGAGAAGCUUUGGUGCCGCCGUCGAACGAUUGGACAGGGACUGUGAAGUGGCGAACCUUGACCAGUAUACGGAGAGCAUUAGCCAGAGAGUGGAGGAACAGGUGAAGGCGAAGCUCAGUCCCGAAGAGAAGGAUGAGCAGACAAAGCGAGACACGUUGCCGCCUUGGAUCGCAUCCGAUGAUGUCCAGAAGAUCUACGCCGAUGGUUUGCAGAGCAUCGUGUCGGAUGACGCUUUGGAGGAGGAGCCCAGCUUGGAUGAGGGCGGCUUGGAUCGAACUGGAGUUGAGUUAUCAGGGAAUGAGGAUGCCCUGGAGCCGAACAAGCUGGGCUCUGCAUGUGCCAACUCUGAACUCCGAGAGGACGAUCAGGAGGAUGCGGGUAUGAUCGCUAAGGCUGCAAAGCAGCCCUUGGCGGAGGAGACACAGCCGCGCUCCUUUUGGAUCGCCUGUGGUGUACUCGUGCACUUGGCAUGGGGCACCUAUCCAGUCUUUGCGCGGUACAUGCAGGUGAUGUUGCACUUGGAUGGCUUGCUGGUCCUCAUUUUCUCGAACCUGCUCUCCUUCCUCGUCGUCCAGACGUUGACCUGCCAGGGCUUAGGGGGCCCAGCAGGGAGAAAGGUCGGGAUGAUCUAUGCCAUGCUCAUCACCGCUCGAGGGGUGUCGAACAUGCUCACCAGCAAGUUCACUAUUGCCCUGUACUCAGGUAUUGUGACCCAGUUCGGGCCCUUCAUCGUCGCAGGCGUCUCUUGGGCUAUCUUGGCAGAUGAUCUGCCGCGCUGCAUUCUGCCGUCGCUCGUUCUUUCAACCGUGGGUUCCCUCCUCGUCGUGCUGGGCCAGGCAAAUUCGCAUGUCUGGGAAUUCUCUGGCAACGACGCCAUUGGAAUUGGAAUGGCCAUGGCUUCCAUAUGCGUGAGCGCCGGGAUACGUGUGACGAUGAAAAUGUCCAGUUCUUCGCUGUCUGGUUUCAUGCUGGUUACAUGGCAGUACAUGAGCGCAAUCCCACAGGUCUUGCUGGCGAUGCUCCUGACACCGACUACUGCAUGGGUGGAGACAGUGCACCUGUCAUCACAUCAGUGGUUGGUGAUUGCAGCUUUCGUCCUGGUUCUUCCGCUUGCUGCAAGUUAUGGGCAGGUAACUUGCGUCCGCAAGCUGGGGCCGUCCCUGGAUGCUUCGAUUCAGCCGGUGCGGCUCUUGUCGACCAUUGCAGGGGGCUACCUGGUUCUCAACGAGCCCGUGAAGUCGACCACUGCUUGGCUAGGGCUCACUCUCAUCAUGGUGACGCUGUGUGUGUAUCUGAAGCUUCAGAGGAGCUCCUCACCUCAGUUACCCGACUUCACCCCACAGGCCGGUGCGAAGUGA